UCAGAGGACAAUGUAUGUGUGACAGAGCUCAAAGCCCCUGCCUGUGUGGAAAUGGACCUCAAGGUGUAUCAUGGGAGUAUCAACAAGCAGACCUGUGAGGAGCUGCUCUCCAUGAAAGGAAAGGAUGGUUCGUUCCUGAUACGAGACAGUGAGACGAUCCAGGGGGCCCUCUGCCUCUGUGUUUACAAACAGAGGGUGGUCUAUACCUACCGAAUCCUACAGAACCAUGCAGGAUAUUACACCCUGCAGGCCUCCGCUGGUGUGCAGGAGAAGUUCUUCAAGACACUGGAAGAACUCAUCAAAAACUACAAGAAGAGUGAGCAGGGCCUGGCUGUGCGUCUCCGCCAUGGUGUGAAAAGGAAGAGUCAGCUACAGGACAAGCAUGUCCAGGAUGAAACACUGGACUAUGAGGAAGUGGAAUGCUCAUCUGAUUAUGUCGAUGUCCUGCCAUCCUGAGCUUGUAGACCGCGUCGCUCUACAACCAUGACAUGGUUGUGACCACAAGGAUGGCCUAUGGAGCUUUGAAGUGUGGCCUCUCUGGGCAGGUCCAAGCAUGGGCAUACAAAGGACAGUGUCUCCUUGCAGUACCUCUAAUCUUCCAUGCCUCUGACCUCACAUUUUCCUCGUGUAUAUAAUGUAGCAUGAUUGCUCAUGCUUGUUCAAGUACCGUCCAAUAUUAUUAUUCCACUAUUCAGCCAUUGUAUUUCCAGUCUGUUAAAAUGUCACAGUAAUAUGCUCUCACAUGUGGAAAAAAAAUGUAUGUGUAAUACAAAUGUGAGCAAGUAUAUUUCUCUUUGUGUUCAAACUGUUACAUUGGCUCAAGGGCCCAUUGAGUUAUUAUAGAACUGCACCUUUACCUCUACCUUCUCUGCAUUUUAUACUGUUACAGUAGAACCAUUAGGAAUAAAUGCCUGUGAUAGUGAAAUUGAUAAAGAGAAUGGAGACAUGACCAGUUCAG